AUAAAAAUAAAAUUAAAGAAAGGUCAAAAAAUGUAAAAACCGAGGAAACGAAAAAAGAGAAAUCCCGCCUCUUUUCCAGCAAGGGUUUCAAUCGCCCUCCCAAAUUCAUUUUGUUCGCAGAGGAAAAAUCCUCUCACCAGAACCGCAUAUGGCGUCGUCGUCAUCUUCUUCGUCCGUAGGCCCCGAGAUCCCGUGGGUGGAGAAGUACCGGCCGACUAAGGUGGCGGAUAUCGUCGGCAACGAGGACGCCGUCGCCAGGCUCCAAGUCAUCGCCCGUGACGGAAACAUGCCCAACCUCAUUUUAUCAGGUCCUCCUGGGACUGGUAAGACUACCAGCAUAUUAGCUCUUGCUCAUGAACUUCUGGGACCAAAUUACAGAGAGGCGGUUUUAGAGCUAAAUGCAUCAGAUGAUAGGGGUAUUGAUGUUGUGAGAAACAAAAUAAAGAUGUUUGCUCAGAAGAAAGUUACUUUGCCUCCAGGAAGACACAAAAUAGUAAUUUUGGAUGAGGCUGACAGCAUGACAUCUGGAGCUCAACAAGCCUUGAGGAGGACAAUGGAAAUAUAUUCUAAUUCCACACGCUUUGGGCUCGCUUGUAACACCUCUUCGAAGAUUAUUGAACCUAUUCAAAGUAGAUGUGCCCUUGUCCGGUUUGCUAGGUUAUCUGAUCAAGAGAUCCUUGGACGUCUCAUGGUAGUGGUUGCUGCAGAAAAUGUUCCUUAUGUUCCUGAAGGUCUUGAAGCAAUCAUCUUCACUGCUGAUGGAGAUAUGAGGCAAGCAUUGAAUAACUUGCAGGCCACAAACAGUGGAUUUGGGUUUGUGAAUCAAGAAAACGUCUUCAAGGUCACAGGCCAUGAAAACCAACAUUAUCUUAUAGUUUGUGAUCAACCCCAUCCCUUGCAUGUGAAAAACAUGGUGCGCCAAGUAAUUGAGGGGAAAUUUGACGACGCUUGUGCUGGUUUGAAGAAACUCUAUGAUUUGGGCUAUUCACCUACAGAUAUAAUUACUACCCUUUUCCGUAUCAUAAAGAAUUACGAUAUGCCUGAGUAUUUGAAGUUGGAAUUCAUGAAGGAAACUGGAUUUGCCCACAUGAGGAUUUGUGAUGGAGUAGUUAGCCCAAAUAUAAAUGGGCUCAGGUCGAAGGGGCAUAUGACGUCGUGGGGUUUCAUUUGUGGAGCACUAUAUCUCUACUGGGGUUUUAGGGUUUCAGCAAAUCCAGAAAACAACGAAGCGCAGCUAGCUGACAUACAUCUCCAACCAUGGUUCUCAACUUGCACAAGGCUUUAUGAUAGUGUUCCUUCGAAGAUCCAUUCUGAUUCGACCGAGCUUUGCCGUUUUAGUGGUGCCAAGAUCUACCCUGGGAAAGGCAUUAGAUUCAUUAGAUCUGACUCCCAGGUUUUCCUCUUCGCCAACUCAAAAUGCAAGAGAUACUUCCACAACCGCCUGAGGCCAGCAAAGCUUACUUGGACUGCUAUGUACCGCAAGCAGCAUAAGAAGGACAUUGCUGCUGAAGCUGUGAAGAAGAGGCGCAGAGCGACCAAGAAGCCUUACUCAAGGUCCAUUGUUGGCGCCACAUUGGAAGUCAUCCAGAAGAGAAGAACUGAGAAGCCUGAGGUCCGUGAUGCUGCUCGUGAAGCUGCUUUGCGUGAAAUCAAGGAGAGGAUCAAGAAAACCAAGGACGAGAAGAAGGCAAAGAAGGCUGAGUUGGUGUCCAAGCAGAAGAGUGGAAAGGGAAAUGUGUCAAAGGCUGCCAUGCCCAAGGGUCCCAAGCUUGGAGGUGGUGGUGGCAAGCGUUGAAAUAAUGUUUUUCCAAAAUCUUGAAAAAUGUUGUUAGCUUUGUACGAAGGACAUGGGACAGGUGAUGUUCUGUUCUGUUACUAUUUUGAGCUGUUUGAGGUUGUUUUGACAUGCAAUUUUUCUUUCGUGCUUCGAGCAUUAGCUUGUAUACGCUAUUUGGUUAGACGAGUUCUCUUAUUAAAAAUGGCCCAUGGUUUAGUUUUGUUUUUGUUGGAGCUAUUGAUUUGCAUGUGCAUGAUUUAGUGUUCAAGUUGUAUGCUUGUUGAGCCGUAUAC